CUAAAAUAGAACUGUGCUAAUGGUUCCAGGCCACACACUGUUUACCGGUCACUUCGGAGGCAGCCAUUCUCAUGUACAGUGGCAUCUGGGCUGCUGGGUGGAUGAAGCAGGAUGUGGGGUUUCUCCCAAUGGGGUCCCUGAAAGGGGACGGCUCUGAAAGCCAGCUCACAAGAAAGGAAGAAAGAGGAGGAGUUACGUACCUGACUCUGGGCAGCUCUGCAUCCAGUGCCUGGCAGCAAGGGGAGCCGUUUUUCAGCCUUAGGAAGGCGGAGAAGGAUCCGGAAGAUGAAGAAAGUAAAUCUGCAGAUUCAAGCUACGUGCAGCCCAGCAUGUGAGGAGCCAGGUCCCUUGCAAGGAGUCUGCAGAGAUUUGUAACUUAAUGCAACACGAACCGGAAGCCUGGCUAUGAUGAACUGUUGGCUCUCUUGCGCUCCUAAGCACACACAUUCAGCAGAGUGGAAUAAAUAUGAUGACCGAUUGAUGAAGGCUGCUGAAAGGGGGGAUGUGGAGAAAGUGUCUUCCAUCCUUGCCAAAAAGGGUGUCCAUCCAGGCAAGCUAGAUGUGGAAGGGAGAUCGGCCUUCCAUGUUGUGGCAUCCAAAGGGAACCUGGAGUGUCUUAAUGCCAUCCUUACACAUGGAAUUGAUGUUGCAACCAGUGACAGUGCAGGGAGGAAUGCACUUCACCUGGCAGCUAAGUAUGGACACGCACUGUGCCUGCAAAAACUUCUCCAGUACAACUGUCCCACUGAGCAUGUGGACCUGCAGGGAAGAACUGCCCUCCAUGAUGCAGCGAUGGCAGACUGCCCUUCUAGCAUCCAGCUGCUUUGCGACCAUGGAGCCUCCGUGAAUGCCAAAGAUAUAGAUGGACGGACACCUCUUGUUCUGGCAACACAGAUGUGUAGGCCGACAAUUUGUCAAUUGCUGAUAGACAGAGGGGCAGAUAUCAAUUCCAGAGACAAGCAAAACAGAACAGCUCUCAUGCUGGGUUGUGAAUACGGCUGCAGAGAUGCUGUAGAAGUCCUGGUUAAAAAUGGGGCCGAUGUGUCAUUGCUGGAUGCCCUUGGCCAUGACAGUUCUUACUAUGCGAGAAUUGGUGACAAUCUGGACAUCCUGAAUCUACUGAAGACAGCGUCAGAAAACACCAACAAAGGGAGAGAACUUUGGAGGAAAGGACCGCCUUUGCAACAGCGGAACUUGAUGUCGCACACUCAAGAAGAAGGAAAUAUGAAGUCAAGUCAGAGGGAGCAUCUCAGCUUUCAGGACCUAGAGAUUGAAAAUGAAGAUUUGAGGGAGAGGUUGAGGAAAAUUCAGCAAGAGCAAAGAAUACUCUUGGAUAAAGUCAAUGGUUUACAGUUACAGCUGAAUGAGGAAGUAAUGGUUGCCGAUGAUCUGGAAAGUGAGAGAGAAAAGCUGAAGUCCCUUUUGGCAGCUAAGGAAAAACAACACGAAGAAAGCUUAAGAACCAUUGAGGCUCUGAAAAGUAGAUUUAAGUAUUUUGAGAGUGAUCAUUCAGUACCCGGGAGUUACUCCAGUAACCGAAAAGAAGACAUGCUUCAUAAACAAGGUCAAAUGUACCCGACGGACUCUCAGUGUGCAUCCCCAGGCAUACCCACCCAUAUGCAAAGCAGGUCUAUGUUAAGACCCCUGGAGCUCUCUUUACCCAGUCAGACCUCAUACUCUGAAAAUGAGAUUUUAAAGAAAGAGUUAGAAGCCAUGCGAACUUUCUGUGACUCGGCUAAGCAAGACCGGCUGAAGCUCCAAAACGAACUGGCUCAUAAGGCAGCAGAAUGCAAAGCCUUAGCUCUGGAGUGUGAGAGAGUCAAGGAGGACUCGGAUGAGCAGAUCAAGCAGCUGGAAGAUGCCCUCAAAGACGUGCAGAAGAGGAUGUAUGAGUCCGAAGGGAAAGUCAAACAAAUGCAGGCCCACUUCCUGGCCCUGAAAGAGCACCUGACCAGCGAAGCAGCCACAGGGAGCCACCGAGUCGCCGAGGAACUGAAGGAGCAGCUGAAAGACAUGAAAGCCAAGUAUGAAGGGGCUUCAGCAGAAGUGGGGAAGCUGAGGAACCAAAUCAAACAGAGCGAGAUGCUGGUAGAAGAGUUCAGGAGAGACGAAGGUAGGCUGGUGGAGGAAAACAAGAGAUUGCAGAAGGAAUGCAGCACGUGUGAAGUAGAGAAGGAGAGGAAAGGAAGAAGGGUCGUGGAGUUGGAGGGCCAGCUGAAAGAGCUGGUGGCAAAGCUGGCGCUUUCCAUCCCCACAGAGAAGUUUGAAAGCAUGAAGAGCUCCUUGUCCAGUGAAGUCGAUGAGAAAGUGAAACGGCUAGCAGAGGUGGGGCGGGACUAUGAAAACUCUCUGGGGGAAAUCCGGCAGCUGAAGAGGGAGCUGGAGAGUGCCAGGGCCAAGCUCACCCAGCACAUCAGGCCAGAGGAACACCAGCAGCUCAAGAGUAGGCUGGAGCAGAAGUCGGGAGAGUUGGGAAAGAAGGUCACAGAGCUAACCCUCAAAAACCAGACGCUGCAGAAAGAGGUGGAAAGGGUCCAUGUGGACAACAAGCGUCUCAGCCAGCAGGUGCACAGCCUCACGGUGGAGAUGGAAACGUGCUACGUGCCUUUAAAGGCCAACGAGGAGAUGAAGAAGUCCCAUGAUGUCAGCGUGGAGGAUCUGAAUAAGAAGCUUUCAGAGGUGACACAGAGAUACACUGAGAAGAAGCUGGAAGCUGAGAGACUGCUGGUGGAGAAAGACAGGCUAGCCAAGAACGUCAGCCGCCUGGAAGCUAUGUUUGUAGCUCCCGAAAAACAUGAAAAGGAGCUAAUGGAUCUGAAAUCCAAUAUUGCUGAACUCAAAAAGCAGCUGUCUGAACUUAAUAAAAAAUGUGCGGAGGAUCAGGAGAAAAUGCAUGUACUCAUGUCUGAAAACACUAGCUUGAAAAAGACUCUGAAUAGCCAGUAUGUGCCCACCAAAACCUACGAGGAGGUAAAGGCCUCGCUGAGCUGCUCAUUGGAGAAAACCAACAAAGCCUUGCUUGAUGCCAAAAAAAGGUUUGAAGACAUGAGCCAGGAAUGUUCAAAAAUGAGAGGCGAGAAUGAGGUAUUGAGAAGGAACCUGGAGAACGUUCAGAAUCAAAUGAAGGUUGACUGUGUGAGCCUCGAAGAGCACUCAAGAAAGAUGAACACUGUGAGUCAGAGCCUGAAGGAGGCGCAGGAUGCUAACACCGCUGUUCUGGCCGACUACCGCCGCGGCCAGGAGGAGAUCCUCACACUGCAUGCUGAGAUUAAGGCCCAGAAAAAGGAGCUUGACACCAUCCAGGAAUGCAUCAAGCUGAAAUAUGCUCCACUGUCCCGCUUGGAAGAAUGUGAACGCAAGUUCAAGGCCACAGAAAAAGGACUGAGGGAGCAGUUAUCGGAGCAGACACACAAGUGUCGCGUCAGGGAUGAAGAAGUCAAGAAAGGCAAGCAAGAGAACGAGCGGCUGAGGCAGGAUCUUGAUGCCCUUCAGAAAGAGUUGAAGGGUAAGAAUGUGGUAGUGGAAGAGGCCAGGGAAGCGGAAAGGGUGCUAAGUGGGAAAACAGAAGAACUCAGCAAACAACUGAAGGACCUGUCCCAAAGAUACACCAGUGUGAAGAACGAGAAAGAGAAGCUGGCAGAAGAAAAGGCCAAACAAGCCUCCGAGGUUCUUGCAGCCCAAAAUCUUCUGCAAAAACAGCCUGUCCCGUUGGAGCAGGUAGAGGCUUUGAAAAUCUCUCUCAACAACACAAUCGAGCACCUACGGGAAGAGCUGAGGGAUAAACAGAGGUGUCUGGAGAAAGAGCAGCAGACAGUGAGCAAGCUUCAGCAGCUGCUGGAGAAUCAGAAGAACUCCUCUGUGCCCCUGGCAGAUCAUCUGCAGAUAAAAGAGGCCUUCGAGAAAGAGGUCGGAAUGAUGAAAGCCAGCCUGAGAGAAAAGGAAGAGGAAAGCCAGAACAAAACCAAGGAAGUCUCCAAACUCCAGACAGAGGUUCAGAAUACCAAGCAGGCACUGAAGAAUCUUGAGACCAGAGAGGUUGUCGACAUGUCGAAAUACAAAGCCACGAAGAACGAUUUGGAGACCCAGAUUUCCAACUUAAAUGACAAACUGGCCAGCCUGAACAAGAAGUACGACCAAGUGUGUGAGGAGAAGUUCUCUGCCAAAGACACGAAGGAACUGCUCCAUCUCAGCAUUGAGCAGGAGAUCAAGGACCAGAAGGAGCGAUGUGACAAGUCCCUGACAACAAUCAUGGAGCUACAGCAGAGGAUUCAGGAGUCUGCCCAGCAGAUUGAAGCAAAGGAUAACAAGAUAACUGAACUUCUGAAUGAUGUGGAAAGGCUGAAGCAGGCGCUCAAUGGUCUUUCCCAGCUCACCUAUACCAGCGGCAGCCCCACCAGGCGGCAGAGCCAGCUGGUGGAUACUCUGCAGCACCGAGUGAGAGAUCUGCAGCAGCAGCUGGCUGAUGCUGACAGACAGCACCAGGAAGUCAUUGCUAUCUACCGGACACACCUUCUCAGUGCUGCACAGGGACACAUGGAUGAAGACGUACAAGCUGCCUUACUACAGAUCAUACAGAUGCGACAGGGCCUUGUGUGCUAGUGUCAGCUGACCCAGAGCCUGUCCUGCUGGUGCUAUGCAUUCUGGGUGCAACAACGUGGCUCUUCUGGGUCUUACUCUGAUAGUAUCAGUAAAAUAAAAUAUAUUUUGUUCUGUUGAA